GUGAAGGAUUUGGAUUCGAUUACAUGGAUCUAAAAUGCUCACUGUGCGUUUACUACGUACCUUACAUGCGGCACGUAAGUACGAUAUCGUACAGAUCCUGUCGACAGAAAUCGCUAAUACAAGUACCAGUACUUGUAGUAGUAAUAGCUUUUUUGAAACGUACUUUAUCGUACCUACCGUACCAUAGACUGCUACGGUCAGGGGUCAGGGGUCAUAAUUUCAGACCCCCAUCGACGGUGUAGUUCGUACCGUACUGUAUUACGAAACUGAGAACAUUCCCGUUAGCACAUCGGUCACCGUUUGUUUUCGGGAAUGAAACGAUGUUGACGGUAGAUUCCAUGAUUUGAUUUGAUGGCUCUCAAAUUUUCUGUUGAUUUCGACUAUCUCGAUCCAAACCGUAUCAGUAAGAACGGCGCUUACCCAAAUUCAAGUAGGGCUUAUAUGGUUGGCGACAACAGUUGAACCGUUGCACUUGGUUACUUACGAGAUAGAAGAUGCGUUAACGGCGGACUAAUCUUCUGCUUCACAAUUUGACACAUCUUGUUUGAACCAACUGCAUAGUACCAACCGAAAAUGAUUGAUAGACUAAAACAAAUACCUUAUUCGUACUAUCGCCCAUCCUGCCCAUGCAGAUUUGGUAAAUUUCAAAAGAAUGAUCAUGCGAAAAAACGAGUAACGGUACAUACCAAUCGUCCUCAAUUUUAUUCAUUUUCACACUAGUAGCAACGAAAACAGAAACGCAUGUCAAAUAGUUGAAUUGUAAGAGAAGAUAACACUUGAAUAACGACUUUUUAGACUGUUCGAUCUCUUCAGUCAACAAUGAAAAUUGCCGCUGCUACUUCGGUACUGUUGGUCGCCCAUGCACAACGGACUGAAGCUAGCGGCAGAGUUGCUGAAACCGACAAAGUGCAGACAGCAACAACUAGAGAAGCAGUAGAGCCAUCGGGACUCUUACGAAGCAGCGCGAGGGCAACACUUCGCGGCAGGCACAACGAGAACGUUUUAGGCGAAUACAAAUCAAAAAGCGAGCGAAGAAAUCUGGAAAGGAACAAGACGGCUCUCAACAAACUCCUCGGCAAUCUCGAGGAACUCAAAAACAGAAGAAAGACGUUGCAACGAACAAGUAAGAACUACGAGGAAGAGAUCGCUGUACCGACUAGUCACGAAGAUCAGCAGCUUGUAGAUCUCGGGAUAUUAGGAAAAGGGCGUCUUUUAGAAAGCUCGGAACGCACCGACAAGGAAUCAAUCUUUGAUCAAAACUCCGUGCGAGACCCAAGCGUUGCAACAACUGCUGACGAAGAGACGAAAGAUCAGGGCACUUCUACUUCUGCUCCCAUUGACGUUUUCGACGGAGCCGCCGAGGAGAACGACUUUUUUCUAGCGAAUGCACACUAUCUUUGCGAAUAUGAAAAUUGUAACUGCGGUAGUUUCUCUUUUGAAUCAAUGCAAGGAAUCAUCCAGUGCUCUUCGGAAGUGGUUGCAACCGGUGGGUAUUGCGCCACAACCAUGAAUUACUGCGGGGAACCAGUAGAUGUAUGCUACCGCGAAACCUCCUCACUGGAAGCUGUUGGACCCCAAGAUUACACGUACACCGUAUGCUCGACGUUCUCAAAACCCUACCAGCAGCACAUUUGCGUCACCUUUGAUGCCUCUGCCGAGGAUGACAACAAUAUCAACACGAGGUCUGAGGUGUUGUCCGACAACAACGGAAUUUCCGAGGUGGUCAAUUACUCCCAGUCCUCAGCUCCCUGCAAGGUUGAGUUCAACAACGAGCGGUGCAGUUCCUGUUCUACGGAGCUUCGCACUUACGAACGCAUAUUCGUGGACCAGAGCAUUGGGGACCGCCACGUCCUUUCGUCGUACCAGCGCCGGUGCUUCCAGGUAGAUUGUAGCAACGCCGCCGCACAAGAUCACGUUUUCAAUACCUGCGAUACGAACGAUCUAUCAACCCUACGAGAGAACGUGGUCUUCGGAGACGAUUGCACGAGAUGCCCACCCUGCGGAAUGGGAUUCCACAUGACAGCGGGAACCGCGAUGGGAUCCUUUCCGGUCAUUGGCGACUACCAGUGUUCCGGGUUAGAACUUGGCGCCAUUACUGGAUUUUUUAGUCGCGAUGUCUGCGGAGACAUUCAAUCCAAGGCGAAGGAAUAUUGUGGCUGCGAGCCCAACUUCUACGAUCCGAACCUGGUGCUUCCAGAGCUGCUCACAGAAGACAUCGAAGCGGAAAAAUCCAGAGCCAUCGGGGGGGAUGGGGAUGAACUCGAGAUCAGCAAUCCUGAUAACAUGUUCGUGCUGCCUGGAGACACGAUCGGUGCCGAAUCCUGCCAUCUUUGUGGGGCCAACUCCGCGAAGAUUGCCAAUCCCUACAACCUKGUCUAUCUACCGAACGGAAAGCAAACAACGUGUGCCGCCCUGGAGGGAGCUGGAAGACUGGGGAUGAUGACAGUGGAUUACUGCAAGUUCAUCGCGAUGCCACUUGCCUUUGCAGAGUGUGGCGGGUGCUUGACGUGGGGGAAGGGGGAAGAGGACGAAGAAGUCGAUGCUGGGCACGCAGGGCCUUGGACCACCAGCGACGAAAUUCUGAGACUGAACGGUAACCCAGUCAAUGAAACCACCAGCCCUAUUCCUCGUUUGUACCGGGAGAAUCCACAGGAACUUAACGUGACUUCUCCAUUGAACGCGACGUCUCCUCCAAAAACUUCUUCUCCGACGGCCUCUCCUCCGAAAGCCGUGUCUGCCCUGUCGACGGACGAAGAAUCUUCGGCACCCAUUGGAUCGACUAUGCUUUCGUGUUUCACGAUGGUUCCCAUUUCAUUACUAGUGUACUUUUCAUAACAACAGAAUGGAUCUGUUUUAGAUACCAUUCACAAUGCAGUAAAUGGCAUAACAAUAAAUACAUCAUAAUUCUUUUACAGAAGAUUGCGAUUCAGUGUGAACAGAGAACACUAAAAACCUACUAGUAGAAACUACUUCUACUGUAUUAUUAAACACCAACGUACGUACGUACGGUGGUACUACAAGUACAAGUACCCGUCUUAGGACAGAGGACAGGCACCGAAACAUUUCUAGUCACGUUUUCACCCAGUCCCGAGUACACACGUCCCAUCAUCGUCGUUAUGCCAUCCAUCACUCUCGAAAUGAAAGAAUGAAUGAAAAAUGAAGGCUCAUGGAAGGAGUUACGUACGUAGAACUAGAAUGAGUACGAGUAUUGUACCAUACCUUAUGACUAGAACGAGUUUUUCUUACAUGAUGUACAGAUGAAUUUUGAUUUUCGCAUCCCUCGUGAUCGCUGAUGACAGAUGACGAUGACGAUGACGACAAUUCAUCUAUUUCAUAUAGAAUGAUUGACAACAUGCAACACAAGGUGGCACCGAGAGACCAACCAAACAAAAUGUAUAGCAAACAACGGAAGCGAUGCUGGUGGUGCCGGAUUGUAUUCGUCGGGAUCGGACGAGCCAUAAGUUGCGAUGCGCUUGUGGUUCCGGGAACGCCGACCUUCCGACCAGAGGACCUAGCUACUUCAAGUACCUUUCCUUACUCAAAAAAAUUGCAAGAACGAAAACAUGAGCCGCGGCGUGAAUCACUACCGUCGCAAUCGUAUUCCACCGCCCUUCUCGACGCUACAACGUUCUCUUCUCCUACACUGAUGGAUCCCAUUAUCGGCCAUCCCUCCGUGGAGUUACUAGACCUCGAUCGGCGACCUCGCAAAAAACUGAAACCUAGGCACAAGGUACUCUUUGGUUCCCAAUGUAGCACUUCCGUUGGAGGCAAAUCAACACCGCCAUUGCCGGUAGGAGCAUUUGCGACAGAAAUACCAACACCAACCUCCUCGCCGUUGUUAUUCGAAACCCUGGCGGUGAUCUGCUGCGAAACAGGGGUCGUUCCCCGCAAGGAAUUCUUCGAGACCUACGCCGCCGCCCGCUACAUCCACGAGUCAUUCCCUCGCGGUGUUCACCGAAUAGCCGAUCUCGCGGCCGGGCACGGAUUGCUUUCGUGGAUGCUCCUCGCGAUGGACCACUUCCACGAGUGCACGGACAGCGAAAAUGGGUCGUUGGUGCUAAAGAGGAGAUCCGGCACCAACACCAGUGCUCCGCUUCGGACCGCAAUCUGUGUCGAUCGGCGAAUGCCACCGAGCGCCAUUGCGAUUGCAAAGGCCAUGAGGAACCACCUUUUCCCGAUCGAUGCGACAACGCAGAAGGCCGGGGACAACCACGAAAAAAACGGAACGGAAAACGGUACCCACGGCGAUUCCUUUCUCUACGAUCCCACCUGGACCUACGUGGAGUGUGAUCUAAAGAACGUGGUAGCGUCUGAUUCCUCGACCCUUCUAGUGUCGGUCCACGCGUGCGGAACUCUCACCGACUAUCUGAUCCAGACCGGGAUCGCUUCCCAGCAGGCCCCAAUGGCGGUGGUCCCCUGCUGCCACACCUAUAGCAUCCGCAAGGGGUAUACACCGCACCCGGAAUUUUCGAAAACGACCGCCGAACGCGUCGGGGAGAUCAUCGAGGCUCAGCAGCAGAAGGAAGACGAAGACGAAGCAGCAGCGAUGAUAAAAGCCUCGCCAUCGGGCCCCAACCAAGCGAAGAAGAAACAGAAAAACAAAUCCAUCAAUCCGAAAUUCCGAAUAGUAGAAAACGUCAUCGACGAUGUCCGGCUGAAGACUCUGGUCAAUGCAGGAUACAACAGGGUUCGAAUUGCGGCCCUACCGCAUCGAUUUACCGAACGGAACCGCCUCUUUCUGGCCUACCGGACCAAUAGCGGAAACUACGAGGAAGAUUGCGAUUCGUAUCCAGAACAACUCAACGGGAGCAAUUGUUCAUCAAUCACCGAAACGGGAGCAGUUCGGGAAUCACUGGGCAAUAAUAACAACAACAAAACCUCUAUCCGCAAGGGUUCCAUGCCACCCAUCACACGAGCGAAAGGGCCCACCAUCAAGCUCGGCAGCUACGACAUCGAUGGCGACGGCGACGACGACGACUUGGUAGUACCCCUAAGGGACGAUCCCCAGAGCAUCGAGGACUGCCUGGCAGUAUCGGGAAAGGCCAGGGCUUUGCAGCGGUUGCGUAAACUGCUUCCGAACCACUUCGCGCCAAAGCUCGACGUUUCGAUUUGGUUGACGCCGGCCCCGAUGUAUUCGACGGAACCGGCUUCGGAUAACAUUUUGACAGAUGAGGUGUCCACGGCGAAUGCCACUGCUAUACUGGAGGCCUUGCAGGGAGUUCUGGAUGAGACCGUCCUUGUGUAUCGCGAAAGAAACAGAAUCACCGACAAAGAAAAUACGAAAAAGAUUGAGCAUCCCGAUGUUGCCUAUUCGUGCACUAUCCGUCCGAUCAAUGAGCUCUUUGUCCAUCCCAUAACGGGGCGGACGGCGGGAACAUACCAGAUCGAGUAUUCGUACACCUCCGGUGAGGAAUCUCCGUUCCCGAAGAAGAAGGCGAAGGAGUUGCACAAAAUGUUUUGCGAAAACGUGGUAUCGGCAAUCAACGGAACCGAGAUACGAUAGAGGAGAAAGAGAAGUGGCAGCGAAAGAAUGCAACAAGGAAGACUCUAGCGCAUCUCAAUAGAGCCAUUUGGUAGCU